AUUUGACAAUUUAUUGAUAUAAUUUAUAUUGUGAAACAAAUUAAGUUUCCUGAUUAAAGAUUUCUUAAGUAAACAACACAGUUGCAUAGCCACAAAAUCACUUAAAAAUUCAUUUCUCAACUCAGUGAAUGUUGCAAGACAUUUUGAAACAAUAAUGGCGGCUAUAAAUCAUAGAGAUAAUAAUUUAUCAGAAAAGACGUCGCUGCUCAAUGAAACCAUGCAAUCAAAGAGUGGUGAAUAUAAUCUGCCCACUGCAGAAACCAUUGAAAUGAAGGACACUUCACCAAACAAAGAUGUAACAAUAGCUGAACAUGGACUACUCUAUAGAAUUGACGAAAAUCCACCUUGGUACUAUGGCAUGUUUUUAGGUUUUCAGCAUUACAUGACGAUGUUUGGCUCGACGGUAGCAGUCCCGUUUAUACUAGCUGGUUCACUCUGUAUUAAAGAUAACCAUUUAGUCUUAAGUGAAAUUAUCAGCACCAUAUUUUUUGUGUCAGGACUGGCUACUCUGAUACAAACAACCAUUGGUAAUAGGUUGCCUAUAGUUCAGGGUGCAACUUUUUCUUUUCUUGGUCCAACUAUUGCCAUCUUAUCUUUGGAAAAGUUUAAAUGCUCUCCUGCUACGUUGAUUGUUACAAACUCAACGGCAAACACGACUGUGACAAUAGAACAUGACUGGAAAAAAGGAAUGCUAGAGGUUCAAGGAGCUAUUGCCGUUGCUUCGAUUUUUCAAGUAUUGAUUGGAUUCACUGGAGCGGUUGGUUUUUUGCUGAGGUUUAUAGGACCAUUGACAGUUGCUCCCACAGUUUCUUUGGUUGGACUGGCUUUAUUUAAUGCUGCAGGAGAUUUUGCUGGUCAUCAAUGGGGUAUAGCUGGUCUAACAGUACUGCUAAUCAUAUUAUUCUCCCAAGUUCUUUAUAAAAUCAAAGUGUUCCGAAUGUUCCCAGUCUUGUUCGCAAUUGGAAUAUCAUGGGCUGUCUCUGCCAUUAUAACAGCGGCAGGAGGAUUUGACGACGACUCCCUUGCUCGCACUGAUCGUCGGUUGGAUGUUUUAAAGAAAGCAGAAUGGAUUAGAUUUCCUUACCCAGGUCAAUGGGGAACACCUACGGUCAGUGUGGCUAGCGUGUUUGGUAUGUUAGCUGGUGUUUUGGCAUCAAUGCUGGAAUCACUGGGUGAUUACUUUGCAUGUGCAAGGUUGUCUGGUGCACCAGCCCCACCAAACCAUGCUGUAAAUCGAGGAAUUGGUUUGGAAGGUUUUUCAUGUAUCCUUGCUGGGUUGUGGGGUUCAGGAAACGGAACGACCUCAUACAGUGAGAAUAUUGCUGCGAUAGGGAUAACCAGGGUUGGCAGUAGAAGAGUUAUUCAAUUUGGAGCAGUGUUUAUGAUUUUGUUGUCAAUUCUUGGGAAGUUUGGUGCAGUAUUCACUUUAAUACCUGAUCCAAUUGUUGGGGGAAUGUUUUGGACGCUAUUUGGUUUGAUUGUUGCUGUUGGUUUGUCCAACUUACAAUUCGUCAAUCUGAACUCAUCAAGAAAUUUGUUUGUACUCGGAUUUGCGUUUUUCACAGGAAUGGUUAUACCUGCUUGGUUGGGAAAGAAUCCAACCGCCAUCAAUACAGAUAAUGACGAAGUCAAUCAAAUUCUGAAUGUGCUUCUUCAAACUAACAUGGCGGUAGGCGGCGUAACUGCUGCAAUAUUGGAUAAUGCCUUACCUGGUAGUUUAGAAGACAGGGGAAUUACUAAGUGGCGAAAGAUUCAAAGUUCAGAAGAAGAUGAAAUACCACAGGCUUCCAUUCAUGUCUAUGAUCUGCCUUUUAUCCAAGCGUAUUUAAACAAAACCUCUUGGGCUAAGUAUGUCCCUUUUUUGCCAUAUCAUGGAACUUAAAUUUUAGAUCAGUAUAUCGCAUGUAUAUGAAUGAUGCGCUUAUUUUAACAACUUUUUACUGUAAAUUUUUUUCUGCACAAUAUUUUUAUACAUCGACUUUUGUAACACCUGUAGUAAUGGAAUUCAUAUUUAGGAAAAGAUGUAUUAGGAACAAAAGGUAACAGCAAUACUCUAUACACCCCAUCACUAAA